GGUACAAAUGUUUGUGAGCGAACCAUCUGCUGCUACUGCUGUUUCUCAACGGAAGCCGCACUGAAUUUUCUUGGUCAUGCUUCAGGAGAGAACGUAUCACCUUAACUGACCAAAAUUAAAAAGGUACUCGUGGACAACGUAUUUGAAAGCUAUUUUCCUUGGAGCACCUCAUUAUUAGAUGUAGCAGAAGUUCUUACACCAACUUCAACAUUGAUCAAUAACAGAGUGUGAUUAUUGAUUCAAGAUGUCAAGGAAAAAUACAGAAACCAAACAAAUGCAACAAAAGAAUUAAUCACCAGCAUCAUUCUAGCACAUCACGGAGAUGAACCUCUGUUGGAGUGAGAUUAAGAAGAAAUCCCAAAAUAUUAGGGCUCGGCUGGAGGCACUUUCCGAUCACAGUGGCAAGCUGCAGCUGUCUUUGCAGGAGAUCAUUGACUGGCUGACCCUGAAGGACGAGGAACUGUCUGAGCAGCUUCCCUUCACAGGAGAUAUUGGUGCAGUGCAGCGGUACAAUGAGUUUCACUCGGCUUUCAUGGAAGAUGUAAAGACGAAGGGACCCUUCAUAUUGGCAACUUUGGAGUCAGCUCAAGCAUUCCUAUCCCAACAUCCUCUCGAAGAGGCAGAAGAACCAGCACAAGACAAAGAUAUGUCACCAAAGCAGAAAAUCCAGAAUGUGAGCCGGUUCAUUUGGAAGCAGGCUAAUGUAUCGAGUGAAAUGUGGGAGAAGCUGAGUGCUCGCUGUAUUGACCGACACAGGCACAUUGAGAGAACGAUGGAGAGACUUCUGGAGCUCCGAGGUACUAUGGAUGAGCUUAAUCUGGCCCUAGACCAAGCUGAGGCUGUUCGAGAUUCCUGGGAACCUGUGGGAGAUCUCUUCAUUGAUUCACUGCAGGAACAUAUUGAGACAACUAAGGUAUUUAAAGAGGAACUCGGAGCUGUAAAAGAUGGCAUGAAAAUUGCCAAUGACUUGGCUCACCAACUUGCAAUCUCAGAUGUACAUCUUUCCACAGAAAAUGCACAGCGACUAGAGGAACUGACAUCAAGGUGGCAGGCUUUACAGACUUCCAUAAAUGAACGCCUCAAGCAGCUUCAAGAUGCUCACCGUGACUUUGGCCCAGGGUCCCAGCAUUUUUUAUCGACUUCUGUCCAGGUUCCCUGGGAGAGGGCCAUCUCACCAAACAAAGUGCCAUAUUAUAUCAAUCACCAGGGCCAGACCACAUGCUGGGAUCACCCAAAGAUGACCGAAUUGUACCAGUCACUUGCUGCUCUAAAUAACAUCAAAUUCUCAGCUUACCGAACCGCCAUGAAGCUGAGGCGUGUGCAGAAGGCACUCCGCUUGGAUCUGUUGAGCAUGUCCAGUGCCUCCAACAUCUUCACUCAGUACAAGCUACAGCAAAGUGACCAGACAAUUGAUGUUCUGGAAAUCAUCCAGUGCCUCACCACCAUGUAUGAUCACCUUGAGCAGGAGCGUGGGAUCAUCAUUAAUGUGCCUCUCUCUGUGGACAUGUGUCUUAACUGGCUUCUCAAUGUCUAUGACACUGGUCGCAACGGCAAGAUUCGAGUUCUGUCCUUCAAGACUGGAAUUAUCACUUUGUGCAAUGCAGAGGUCGAGGAGAAAUAUCAGUACUUGUACAAGCAAGUGAGUGACUCAGCAAGCCUGUGUAAUCAGCGCCACCUCAGCCUUCUCCUACAUGAAGCCAUUCAGAUCCCACGCCAGCUCGGCGAGGUGGCAGCGUUCGGAGGAAGCAAUGUGGAACCCAGUGUCAGGAGCUGCUUUCGGUUUGUUAAUGAUAAACCAGUAAUUGAAGCCACACACUUCCUGGAAUGGAUGAAAUUGGAGCCCCAGUCAAUGGUCUGGUUGCCUGUACUACAUCGAUUAAUAACUUCAGAAGCUGCAAAACACCAAGCUAAAUGUCACAUCUGCAAGCAAUGUCCAAUUAAAGGCUUUAGAUACCGCAGUUUGAAGCAGUUUAAUGUUGACAUCUGCCAAACAUGUUUCUUGACAGGAAGGGCAAACAAAGGUCACAAACUACAUUACCCCAUCAUGGAAUACUGUGCCCCUACUACAUCAGGAGAAAAUGUGCGGGACUUUGCCAAGACAUUGAAAAACAAGUUCCGAACCAAACAGUAUUUUAGUAAACAUCCACAAAGAGGAUACCUACCUGUCCAGUCAGUGAUGGAGGGUGACAGCAUUGACACACCUGCCUCUUCCCCAAUGUUACCACAUGCAGAUACACACUCCAGGAUUGAACACUAUGCUAGCAGGCUUGCAGAAAUGGAAAGUAAGAAUUGUUCUUUCUUCAGUGGCAGCCUCUCACCUGAUGAAAGUGUAGAUGAUGAGCAGUUGGUGGUUCAAUAUUUCAGCCCAGGGACAGAUCGAGAUUCUCUUCAAAAUCCAACCCAGAAUCCAAACCAGCUCUUGAGUACACUGGACACUGAAGAGAAGACUGAGCUGGAGGCCAUUAUUGGACAUCUUGAGCAUGAGAAUAGGAUCUUGCAGGAAGAGUACAGACGAUUGAAAUGGCAACAUGAAGAGGCAGCAAUAUCAUCCUCUGUGAAAGAGGAAUCCCCGAGCUCACCUCUCAGCCCCAGAGACACAGAGCUUCUUGCUGAGGCCCGGUUACUCCGACAGCACAAGACCCGGCUGGAGACCAGGAUGCAGAUCUUGGAAGACCAUAACAAACAGCUUGAAUCACAACUGAAGAGGCUCCGGGAGCUAUUACUACAGCCACAGCAAGACUCUGAGAAAAAUGGAUCGACAGCCUCUUCUGCUUCCCCAUCUUCCCAUCAUUCUGACAGUAACCAGCAAGAAAAACAUGACAGAGGCAGCCCAGACUCUGAGAAAGCAGAUGUGUCAGACAGUGCUGGUAUAUCCCAAGAUAUGGUGCUGCACCUAGAGGAUGUAAUGGAACAACUUAGAAACUCAUUUCCUUCAUCACCCAGAGGUGAACCUUCUUAUAACUUUGGAAAGGCACAGGAGUGA